AUGAGAAAGGCGGCUCAGGAAGCGUUCGCCCUGGAGUUCGUCAAGUCUGUUCGUGUCAAGGAUCCCGGGAUAGGCGGGAUGAAGCUCUGGUAUAUGUACAGGCAGGCUUUUGACGGGAACUGUCCGGUUGGCCGAGACCGCUUUGCCGAUAUCAUCAAUGAGCAUCAUCUGAAAGUACGUUUGAAGGUACGCAGACCUAAAACGACGGACUCCACACAUGGAUUGCCGACAUAUCCGAAUAUAGUCAAGGACUUCAUCCCGAAUGGGCCUAACCAACUAUGGGUAAGCGAUAUGACAUAUAUCGCCAUCUGGGUGGACGCCUAUCACUAUAUCUUCUGUUAUCUAUCCCUCAUCCUGGAUGCAUAUACGGAAGAGGUUGUCGGCUGGAGUGUCGGCCCCACCCUGGAAACUAUCUAUCCGCUGGAGGCUUUGAAAAUGGCGCUGAAACGCAUUGGCGGGGAAACGGCAGUCAAUCUCAUCCAUCAUUCCGACCGAGGUAUACAAUACGCCAGUUCUGAUUAUGUGGACUUGUUGAAGCGCAAUCAUAUCAGCAUCAGCAUGACAGAAACCGGAGACCCAAAGGACAAUGCUCAGGCAGAGCGCAUCAAUAACACCAUGAAGAAUGAACUUCUGAAAGACAUCCGCUUCACACGCCUGGAAGAAGUNAUUGCAGCGGUCUCCCGUGCUGUUGACUUCUACAAUAACGAAAGGCCUCACAUGAGCAUUGACAUGAUGACACCUGCGCAGGCGGCGACCCAUGAGGGUGCCAUCAAGAAGUGGUGGAUCAGUUAUCGUGAGAAAGCUAUCCUAUCUGCACGCGCCUUGGAAAUCCCGGAAAACAGUGUAUCUUUGCCUGUCGUUCAGGGGUCUCCCUCCUGCCUCCGGCCGUCGGUCAACCCCUGA